AUGGGUCCGUCCGGUUGCGGGAAGUCUUCGUUUCUCAACUGUCUGUCCGGCGUCAAGAAGAAGGGCGUCUCGGGAUCUAUCAGUAUAUCCACCACCAAAAAGCUGAGGGUGGCCUGCAUUGGACAGGAGGACCACUUGGAAAACAAGCUGUCGGUGCGGGAGGCGCUCACCUUCGCCUCGAAACUCAAGAACUCGGACUCCAUUGACCACAAACUCAAUGUGCAGACAGUGCUCAAGAAGCUGGACAUCGAGUCGUGCGCCGACGUGAGGGCCAAGAGGUGUUCGGGCGGUCAGAGGAAACGGGUGUCCAUAGCGCUGGAACUGGUGUCGAGACCUAAUAUACUGAUACUGGACGAGCCGACCAGUGGCCUGGACUCGUCGACCACGUGGCAACUGGUCAACACACUGAGCGACCUGUGCCGCCAGUCCCAGAAGGGUCAGCCCAUGGCAGUGGUGGCCACCAUUCAUCAGCCGUCGGGAAAGUUGUUUAAU